GCAAGAAGUAUACUACGAGCGGGAACGAGAAUUGAUACGGUAGAUGAGAGGGAAAGCGGCAAAUGGGCCAUGUCGUAUCAAUCCCGAGACACAGAGAGUGUUGAUUAUAGGGGAGUCUGGCUUCCUUACAGCGCAGGAGGAAAAGCUUGUGGUGGAAACCAUAAGAGGAAGGCAUGCGGCAUAUGCCUUCAGUGAUGAUGAGAGAGGCCGACUGGACGUGGACAUUAUCCCCAUGAUUAGGAUACAUACCGUACCUCACGAGCCAUGGAACUUGCGAGGCGCACGGUACCCUAAUCCAGCGGACGAAGAGAAGGUAGUUAACUACCUUGACGGGAAGAUCCGCACUCAUGUGGCUGACUACUCGAGCGGACCGUAUGCAUCUCCAUGGUUUUGCUUUGUCAAACCCAAUGGGACUUUGAGGUGGGUACAGGAUUUGCAGCGCCUGAACGCUGUGACAGUGAGAGACGCAGGUGGUCUCCCCAAUGCUGAUGCGCUUUUAGAGGCAUGCGCCGGGAGGGCCAUUAUAUCACUCGACUUGUAUUCAGGCUAUGACGAGUUUCCUGUGUACCCAUCAGACAGGCCUAUGACAACUAUUCAUACCCCUCGAGGGUUGAUGCACAUGAACAUUGUGCCGCAAGGGUGGAUGAAUGCGGUCGUCAUGGUUCAGCGGCACAUGGUGAGGGCGAUGCAACCCAUAAGUCCUCACAUCACGCAGCCCUACAUUGGCAAUCUGGCCGUGAAAGGGCCCAAAGAGAAGGAUGAGCAGGAGGUGAUGCCAGGAAUCAGGUGCUUUGUCUGGGAUCAUGUGCAAGACUUGUGCAAGGUCCUGGAUCUUCUGAAGGAGCAUAACCUUACUGCCAGUGGGCCGAAGUCAAAGCACUGUAUGAGCGGAGCUACCAUCUUGGGGUUUGUGUGCGACGAGAGGGGUCGUCGGCCAGACACUAAGAAGACUAAUAAGAUUCUCGAAUUGCCAACACCGUUCCAGACUAUCACGAAAGUGAGGAGUUUCCUGGGAACGUGUGGGUUUUGGAGGAUCUUUAUUAAGGGGUUUGCGGCGAAGACAGAGCAACUGCGGAAGCUUGUACGUCAGGGUCAAGAUUGGGAAUGGGGAGACCAACAAGAGUCUGUGAUAAAAGGUCUGAAGAAAGAAUUUGAGGAAGGAGGGUUUGUACUAAGGGUCAACGCUACGACAUUGGCUGGUUCCCUCAAGAACUUCGCUCCUUCAGAUCCAACUAUCGCCAGGUGGUUGACGUACAUCUGGAUGUUCGACUUCGAGUUGGAGCGAAUUCCAGGGAAUAAGAAUAGGGCGAACGGGCUGAGCCGAGUCGACUGGGACAAGAACAAUCAAGGAGUGAUCGAGGAUGUUCCACCAGUCGACGGGUUCUUGGACAGCGAGGAGGAUGUGAGACUUCACAUCAACUCUUGGGCAUUGGCCGUAGGUAAGUGUGUUACUCUUGGACGGCCUGUAUGGCUUGCGCCUCCAGGACAUGCACGACGACUAGACUUGGUCCUCAAACCCUAUAUUGAAAAAGAUUCUUGGGGAAUGUCGGGCGUAGAUUGGAUGAUGGAGCUGACAUUGGUAGGCAAGUACCAACUGCAUGAGGACUCGCUUACGAUUGAGGAUGGGGCGCUGCAGGUAAGCAAGCAGGAGAAGGCGAUAGGUGGGGUAUAUCUGCUGGCAAAUGCGCUGCUUCAGGAGGAGGCAGACAAGAAUACGGUUCUAGACCAGAAAGGGGUGGUAGAGCCAGGAGAAGGCAACAAUGUGAUUCACGAGAGAGAAGAUGAUGACUUUGAAGAGGGGGAGAUCAAGGAAGCAUUUCGAGCAGAGGAGUAUGAAGGAGUAUACCUUGAACUCGGCAUGCUUCUUUCGUGCGAGAUGAGGGAAAGGGAUGCCUGCGCGAGAGUUUUGAAGAUGAGGCCAAGCUUCCUGGUAAGGGAUGACCAUUUGUUCAUGAGGAGCAAAGAAAGGGAUCCCAAGAGAGUAGUCUGCGGCGUCGCUCGCCAGAUUGACAUAUGGCGGCACUGCACGACGAUGAUCGACGAUUACUGUAAGUCCUGUGUACCAUGCCGGGAGCGAUCCUCUCUUAGACUUAGAGAGUCGCUUCACCCAAGGUAUGUUCGUGAGGUUGGAGCCGUCGUACACUUGGACUUGUUGGCAAUGUCGUUGGGAAUAGGGAGCUACAACUUCAUCUUUGAUGCGCGGGACAACCUCUCUGGGUUUGUGGAUGGCAGGGCCAUUCGCACAAAGACUGGCGAGACGCUGACUCGGUGUAUUGAAGAGUAUUAUCUUCGCUAUCCCUUUGUUUCCAGGCUUGUGAUGGAUAGGGGGUCCGAAUUCACCUGUGCGGAAGUAAAGGCUCUUCUGAGGAAGUAUGGGGUGAUCGCUGAAUACACCACUGCGGCACACCCUCAAGCUAAUGCACCUGUGGAGAGAGGGCAUAGCACCAUUACGAAUCUUCUUGCCAAGUGGACUAACGACAGACCCAAUCAGUGGCCGAACUUUCUGAGAGUCGCUUUCUUCGUAGACAAUAUCACCGUCAGGAGGAGCACCGGCUAUGCACCGACCACGUUAUGGUAUGGCAGGCACGCCACGUUUCCUAUCGAGAGCUUCCUAAAGAUCUGGAGGCGACAGGAUCUCGAGACUGAUCUGACCUUUGAGGAACUGCUGGAUCUGAGAGCACGUCAGAUCGACACUAUUGAGGACAGGAUUGAGGAAGCAGCAAGUAGGACAGCCGAUAACCGUACCAAGGACAAGUUCCGGUGGGAUAAGAUGGCGAGGGUAAGAAAGGAGCCUCUCAAGGUGGGAGACGUUGUGUUGUUGUAUGACUCAUCCCUGGAAAAGCAGUGGUCUCGGAAGUUGGAUAAGAGGUGGUUGGGACCUUACAGGGUCACCAGAUGUGGUGAACAUGGUGUCUACCAAAUCGAAGAGCUGAAUGGGACGGCAUGGAAGGACUGGUUGUUAGGCUCGAGGCUAAAGAAGCUCGUGGCUCGAGACAAGGUUACUGAUAAGCAGGGCCAUGUUCCUCGCGGCACACUGCAGCGUCGAGGUUGCUGCGGGCUUCCGGGUUGCAGGGCGCCCUCGCCGAACCUCCCUGAGACGCUGCUCCUCGUGGAGACAGAUUACUGUGUAGAGCUCCGUACUUGCUGUACACAGCUGCUAUGCUCACUGCUGUCCUCGGCCGCCGUGGGGCUUGGCAGCAUGUUGAACAGAGCGGAGGAGUGUGCUCUGUUAAAACGUAGCAUCCUUGUGACUCGGAGCUGCAGUUCAGACGGAGGGGACCACCGUGAGGUGGUGAUUACCAGCAGCAGGCGGUGGGAAGUUCUUGGCUGCUGCUAUAGCACUUUUGUCGGGACUAUUACAGCAGCUGCCACUACUGUUGAAAAGAGUUGCGGAGCCACCUUGUGUUGAGCCUGGUAUGCUGCGGUACUCUCCCUGAAGGGUUUCGUUGUGCGCCUGGUUGGGCACUAGCUGCACACGGCU